UCUUUUUUACUUUUUUUAGGGCGAUACUUCUUAUUUUUUAGCUUUAGGUUUAAUAUAGUAGCAGAAUUGCAGGCAGGUAACUAUGAUAGUUACCUACCACCAUUUUAUUUAAAAUAAAAGAAUUGUAACAAAAAAUUGAACUAUGCAAAAUAGAAAAACUUAUGAUGACUGGGUGAAAAAGUGGAUAACUCAAUCAAUUUCCGUCUUAAUAAUGAUAGAUAUAAUGACUCGCACAUCUAUUGCAAAUGCAUAUCCCAUUUUUGCACAGCAAGCUUAUGAGAAUCCUCGAGAAGCAACUGGGCGUAUUGUAUGUGCCAAUUGUCAUUUGGCUAAAAAACCUGUGGAGAUUGAAGUUCCACAGUCCGUGCUUCCUGAUAUCGUUUUUGAAGCAGUUGUUAAAAUACCCUAUGAUAAGCAAAUAAAACAAGUUCUUGCUAAUGGUAAGAAAGGGACUUUAAAUGUAGGAGCUGUUCUUAUUUUACCCGAAGGUUUCGAAUUAGCUCCUCCGGAUCGUAUUUAUCCUGAGAUUAAGGAAAAAAUAGGUGAUCUUUAUUUUCAAAACUAUCGUCCCAAUCAAAAAAAUAUUCUAAUAAUAGGUCCUGUUCCUGGUCAAAAAUAUAGUGAAAUUGUAUUUCCUAUCCUUUCACCAAAUCCCGCUACUAAUAAAGCAGCUCACUUCCUGAAAUAUCCCAUAUAUGUAGGUGGUAAUAGAGGAAGAGGACAAAUUUAUCCCGAUGGGAGCAAAAGCAACAAUACAGUCUAUAACGCUUCAGCAACGGGUAAAGUAAGUAAAAUUGCGCGUAAAGAAAAGGGUGGAUAUCAAAUAACUAUUGAUAAUCCAUCAGACGGUCGACAAGUGGUUGACUUUGUACCUCCGGGACCGGAACUUCUUGUUUCAGAAGGCGAAUUCAUCAAGGCGGAUCAGUCGUUAACGAAUAACCCUAAUGUGGGUGGAUUUGGUCAGGAAAAUGCAGAAAUAGUACUUCAAGAUCCUUUACGUGUUCAAGGUCUUUUAUUAUUCUUAGCAUCUGUCGUUUUAGCACAGAUAUUUCUGGUUCUUAAGAAGAAACAAUUUGAGAAAGUUCAAUUGGUCGAAAUGAAUUUUUAGGCGCAUAAAAGUGAA